AGACACACGGGGAGGCAGGCUCUGGGUUCUCCGUUUCACUGAGUACUUCUGAAACGGACAGACUUUAGUUUUUACUGAGUUUCUCUUCUCUUCCUCAGUUUCAUCACUUCUGUCAAAGAAGCCCGGAGCGUCGCGCGCUUCUGGGAGCCAGCUCUCACGCACAAGACGGUUAACGGUCCUUUAAGGAGCAACAGGCGGACUCAGUACCAAGUCAGACCGGCAGUAAGGAGGAUAUACCGGAGAGUUUGGGAACACACACUGCGGCUUUUUUUUUUUAUUCUGCCUGCCCGCUACUGGUUCAACAUCUGCCUGGUACCCACUGGAGCCACAGUCAGAACCGGGAUAUCUGCUGCCCUGGCGAUUGGGCCUAAUUUCAGGCCAAAGUUUAAAAUCUUCAGUCUGGUGAAACUGGAGACUAUAAAACUAUAAAACCAGCUUGUCCUCCAUCAUGUGGCCCUCAGCCAUUAGCGUGUGGGCAUGCUGUAGUCUGAUCCUGGUCCUGGGCCUGGUCUGUCCUGCAGUAGGGUACAGUCUGGAUCAGGACCACAGUCUGGAGUUCAGUGGUCCUCCUUCCUCCAUGUUUGGAUAUUCUGUUUUGCUGCAUCGUCACAGAGGUCACCGCUGGUUGGUGGUUGGAGCUCCAGUAGCAAACUUGUCCACCAGUCCUUUGCUUCAGUCUCCAGGAGCUGUUUACUACUGCAGCAUCACUGCUGAGUCUCGCCAGUGUCACCUCAUGCCUGCUGAUGUACAGACUUGUGGAAAAACAUGUGAAGCUGAGAGUGAUCACCAGUGGCUGGGAGUCAGUCUGUCCAGACAACCUGGAGACAACGGACAUGUCCUGGCGUGUGCUCACCGUUGGAAGAAUGUCUUCUACUCAAGGAAGGACGGCAUGAACAACAAGCUGCCCAAUGGAGUCUGUUUUCACUACAGUAGCAACCUGAGAGAUGCCAAAACCUUCAUCCCCUGCUACAGAGACCACCAGAGGAAGUUUGGUGAGGAUUAUGGAUCAUGUCAGGCUGGUAUUUCUAACUUCAUGACAGAGGAUCUGAUCAUCAUGGGGGCUCCAGGGACGUCUUAUUGGACAGGUUCAGUUCUGGUCUUCAACAUGUCCAGCAGAGGGAUGUCGGUGUACCUGGAUGAUGACGCUGGAGCUGUCGGCUUUGGAAGUUACCUGGGUUACUCUGUUGGAGCCGGUCACUUCCUCAGUCCUGGUAGUGUGGAGGUGGUGGGCGGAGCUCCUCAAUACAACCAGAAGGGCAAGGUCUUCAUCUUCACAGUAGAAAACACCAUGCUGCGAGUUGUCUCUGAAGUCUCCGGAAGACAGCUGGGAUCUUACUUUGGCUCCAGUGUAUGCGUGGUGGAUCUGAAUGCUGACGGUUUGUCAGACUUGUUAGUUGGUGCUCCCAUGGCAACGGGCAUCGCCAGGGAGGAGGGUCGAGUCCAUGUGUAUAUCAACCAGGGGCAGGCGAAGCUUUUGGAGGCGGAGUUCCAGCUGAAUGGCAGCAACGCAUACGCUGCCCGGUUUGGACAGACCAUCGCUGACCUGGGAGACCUGGAUGAUGACGGUUACCAUGAUGUGGCGGUUGGUGCCCCACAUGAAGACGACCUAAAAGGAGCUGUCUACAUCUACAAUGGCAGGAAGGAGGGCAUCUCACCAACUCCAUCUCAGAGGAUUACUGGAUCCACACUGGGUCGUACCCUCAGGAUGUUUGGCCAGUCACUGAGCACUGGCAUUGACAUUGAUGAUAACGGCUAUCAGGAUGUGGCAGUUGGUGCAUUCCUCUCAGAUUCAGCUGUGGUUCUCAGGGCCCGUCCGGUGGUUCAGGUGAAGGCGUUUUUGACUCUGCCUGAGCAGAUUGACCAGCAGGUGGCGCUGUGUCAGGAGCACAGAACUCCAACUGUGUGCUUCAAUGUCACUGUGUGCUUCAGUGUCAGGUCCAAGCAGUUCAAAGGAGUUAUAGACCUUGAAUAUAAUUUGACCUCUGACCUCCUCCAUAAACCAUCCUUUCCUCACCGUUUCUAUUUCCACGGCAAUGGGUCAUCCAAUAGCACAAGGGGGCAUGUGAAAGCACAACAUGGCCAGCAAAAUUGUAGAACACAUGUGGCUUACCAAAGGAAAGAUGUGAAGGACAUUUUUACUCCGGUUCAGUUUGAGCUUUCCUAUAGUCUCAGAGAAACAAACACACACAGAGCGCCUCACAAAAAGUUCCCUCCAUUAAAACCCAUUCUGCAGCAGGGCGUAGGAACCCAGAACACCGUCACCAAUCAGACUUGGUUUGCUCGUUCCUGUUCUCUGGUGAACUGUUCGACCAACAUGCAGCUGUCAGCUGAACUGUUGCUGCCACAUCAGCAGCAGUACUUUGCUCUAGGCUCUGGACAGACAAUCAUGUUGAAAACCUUGCUGCUGAACUCUGGAGAUGACGCUUUCCUGCCACGGCUGACACUCCAUUUCCCUAACAACAUCCACUACAUUAAAGUACUGCAGAACGAGGACAACAUGGUCAGUUGUGAUGUCACGCAGGAAGUCAACAGUACGAUGGUGGUUGUUGACUGCCGCGUUACCAGCCUCCUCCUCCCAGGCCUUGCCCAGCUGAAUAUCAACUUCCUAUUGGACGUUAGCCAGAACAGCACACCUGGUAACAUUGACAUCCAUGUCAACACCAGCAGUGAUAACUAUGAGAGUGAGGAAUAUCUCCAUGACAACUCCAUCAGUCUCCCUCUACAUCUCAAAUAUGGUGUCAGUGUCAACAUCCAUGGUUUUGUGACUCCCACCUCUUUUAUAUUUGGAGAUGAAGACUCAAAUCCAGUUGACUGCUACACUGAAAGAUUCAACUAUACAUACAAGGUGUUAAACUCUGGUCCCAGCAGGUCAGUGGACACUGUGGUUAACAUCGCAUUACCGAAGAUCCUCGCACCUUACCAACACAGACUGCUGCAGGUGGUUGACUGGCAGUCGUCUCAUGGUGUGUGUUCAGUCAGUGACACAACUGUUUCAGUCACUGAUGACUGUGACAUCCCUCAGGCUUCCAUCAUUAAACAACUCGUCUUCUUCUUCUCCUCCACCACCACCCGCAGACUGUUUUGUGGCCGUAAGGAUGAUCUGUGUGAGCAGUUGGUGUGUCGUUUGGGUACCCUGGAGGCAGGGAGAGAUGCCACCAUCCAACUGGAGAUCAGACUGAACCCUGCUGUACUGCUGCAAGCUCCGGGUCGACAUAGUGUCAUGAUUUUGGAGAGCACAGCGAUGAUUUCAUCUCCCAGAGAAGAUCCUCACACCAUCCUCAUCCAGGAACAACCUAUAGCACAGGUGGUGGUGGAAGCUCUUUUCACCCAGAAACCUUCAACAACAGUUAAGGUCUUUAUCAUCGUUGUCAGUUUAGUUUUGGGUCUCAUGAUCCUGGCUGCUCUCAUCUGGUGUCUGUGGAAGGCUGGUUUCUUUAAGAGGAGCUUCCAGAAGAAGCAGGAGUCCAACCGAGACAGCUGGGACUAUGUUCCUAGAAACGACAAAAGGGAGAGCACUUCCUAAUCCUGAUGGUAAUCUAUGACCAUGACCCCCUGACUAUAAGGUGGAGUUCACAUCUUGACUGUUUUAAUGAGACCUACAGUGAGUGCUGGUGGAUGGUGAACAUCAUCAACCAAUGGCAUCUGUCCAGACUGUCAGAAGUUUGAAGUCAUCCUUGCUGGUUUCAGUACAAACCUGUGAGUGUGGCACAUGAUGACGUCUUAAGUGAACUCCACCUGAAUCUGACCGCAACCUUUAUAGACGAGCUUGAAGACUUGACAAAGAGUGCAGCGAUGGAUGGAUGGAUAAUACAAAGGGAGGUAAACCUGAAACAGUCACAUCUGGACCAAUUAGAAGUCCUCAGAGCUUCCUGGAAUCAUGACACUCUUGCUGAUGACCUCUAUUUUGACUCUUAAGAGAAAACAAACCAAAGGAAAUAACUUAUGGAGACCUUUGAUCUCAGGGGAUAGAAACUUGGCCUCUGAUUGGCUCAUAAGUCUCUGGAAAAUCUCCUUUUUUGUCAGUGUAUAUUUUUCUGUAUUUUUGUUAACCUGCUGACACACACACAUACACUGAGCAGACUCACACUGUGUUGGCCCAUUGACUCUUGCACACAUCAGAUGCUGGGAUGUGCUGGUGCAUGGAGUGAAGAGAGAAAAUGGACAUAAUCAUCGUGUUUUGUCCUUUCCUUGCUUCUUUGUCCCCUUUUGGACUUUGUCUCUCUAAAGGCCCGGUCACAGCAGUUGUAAAUAGCAAAAUUUCACAUGUGGAUUUGCUCACAGGGGCGAAGUAAACCCACAUAAAUUAUUUGCGUUGAGUGUAAUGUUUGUAAACUUGUUGACCAAUAGACACAGUGUUGACCUUUAAGGAACAAACAGUUUCAGUGCUAAAGCUGUUGUAGCUUAUUAGUUGUGCAUCAUCCAGUUUUAUACAAUCUUCUCUGCUGGAGAAUAAACUGCUCCACAAAAGGGAACUGGUUUAACAGAGACAGAAGCACUUGUGCAUUUAUGGAAUUAAAUUAAUUGAUGUACAAUCUUGAGAGCAAAAUGCCAGGGGUGAAUAAACAGCCCAGUACAGAGGAAAUAAGUGCUAAGAGCUUUUGUGACUGAGGAGUAAUAGCAUGUUCCUGACUGGCUUCUAUUUGCAGUUAUUUAAUCAACUACUGAAUACACAAUGAAACAGACUUAAGUAGACAGCACUCAGAGAAUGCAAACCUCUGUCGAAGCAGCUCAGUUUCCCCAUAAUGCCAUUUUAAAAAUUUGUGGAUCGACAUGAUGUCCCAGAUCACCACCAAAAUGUAAUGGAUCGUUCCAUGGUCCACACCCUACUGUACUGUUCAAAAUAUAAUCAAAAUCAAUGAAUUACUUUUCGAGUUAUGCUGUGGGCAAACCAACAAACAAGUGUAAAAAGCAUAACCUCCUUGGUGGAAGUAAAAAAGAAAAACCUUUUUUAAUAUGAAAAAAUUAAGUUGCCAAGAAUGUUUUCAUGAUUUCAGCUGUGGUUCCUGUUUCCACAGGUAUUUUGUCUUUUCUACAGUACAAAUCAUGUAGUAUGAGUAUUACAGUAAAGGUGUUUCCACAACAACCUGAACCAAACAAACAGAUUCAUGCUGCUGUCCUUAAAAACUUAGGAUACACUUCAUUGCCUAGAGCACUGCUUAGAUGCAUUUAAGGGGUUAGACAUUCUUAGUUCAUGGUCCUUAGUUCAUUUAUGGGGCAUAGAAGGAAGCAUAAUUAGUUGAAUGUAAAGCUGCCACUGUGUCAACAAGCUUCCAAAGAAAACAUCUUGAGGAUGUGCGGAUAAAUGUCGCUGUGCCACUUUCUGGCCUGACCGGGCCUUGACACCAUCUUUGCGACUUCACACUUUUUUUCUGAUCUGUUGUUUACUUGUUUAGUCUGCUGUGCAGCUGUUAACCUCCACUGUCAGGAACCAGUUCAGGGAUACGUACCAGAAAAACAGGAAACUGUUUUGGUGUGUGCAGGAAAAAUUAAGAACAAUGUACUUCCGGGCAGGGCCUCGUGAACACGACCCAAGAAAGGUUGCCCGUCUGUAGGUGCUUCUCUUCCACAACCCUCCUAGGAGCAAAUCAUGUGACACCAAGUAAGGCAUGAAUGGUUUUUGGUAUUUUUUUUAGACAUACCCACAUGAAUGUUAUGGGAACACACUUUAUUUAUAGAAUGCUUUUCCAGAUUAUAUGACAAAUUAACCCAGGUGUAAGUUUUUGGUCACCUGGUUCUAAGCUAUUGUGAAGGCACAGUAGGAGACACAAGCUGCAACACAUUAAAGCAGUUAUGUUCGUGGGUCAAUUUGACCCGCAACAUAACAGGAGGGUUAAACCCACAGGGCUUAAUAAUAAAGAACACUACUUGAAAAUCAGCAUUUAAAAAGUGUUUAAGGUAUUACAAGUAUCCAGAAGCAUUUUUUUUAACUGUGUACUGUAUUCUGUGAAUGCAGACAUUUAAACAGCUACCUGCCUCCCUUCUGUUUAUCUGUUUAGUAGAGAUGCACAUUACACAGAGAUGUCUUAAAUAUUUUAAUUUGUUGCAGUUUUUGUUUAAAGUUGUUCCGCACUGGAGGGUCUCACUGCUUUUAACCAUACUAUUCUAUUAAAGUCAAAGAUUUUCUAUUUAAAACGACUUGUAUUUGUUUCUUCUCACCCUGAAAACAAUUGUGACUCAGUUAUUUACAUUUUUAGAAACAUCUUAAAAAGCUUCUCCAUAAAAACAUCAAUAUUUAGUACAAACAGUCCUGUUAUAGACCUGUCCAGGGUGUCCCCCGCCUUUCGCCCGAUGCUGGCUGGGAUUGGCUCCAGCAUCAAAAACUGCUCGACUAUCAUCAGCAUACAUACAGACAAUAUUAACACAAUAAUCAGUAACUGUACCUAUGCUUCUUUUCCUCACAGUGUCAGAUUUAGAUUUAACUUGUGUACAAUUUAAAUUAAGCUACAGAUUCAUCUUAGUAUUUCCAUGUCAAUUAAUCUUUUAUUUCCACCAUUUAUUUCUUAUAUAUAUUAGAUUGUUGGCAAUUUCAUGAUAAAUAUUUGUCUUGUGGUUCCAGAA